UGAGAGAUCAGACUUUAGCAGGAACUUUGGUUGCUUGAGCAAAUAGUUUCCAAAGAAGCCAGAAGAAAUGCCUCCAAAACCUGUGGACUUGAAUUGCCCCAUCUGUAAGGACAUCUUCAGGGAUCCUGUUGAUUUGCUCUGCAGCCACAGCUUCUGCGCAGAGUGUUUGAAUAAAUGGUGGGAGGGCAAAAUAAUACCAACCUGUCCAAUCUGCAGGAAAACGUCACCAAUAAGUAAUGGCAUCUCUAGAGAGGUCUGCUGCCGGCUGCAUGGUGAGAGAUUCAAGCUGUUCUGUGUGGAUGACAAGGAACUUUUAUGUGUCGUCUGUCAGCAUUCGGAUGAUCAUUACGGACACAAACUCCAACCUGUCAAUGAAGUAGCUCAGGGUCAGAGAAAUGAGCUGAGAAAUGUCCUGAGGCCACUGCUGGACAAACUGAAGGUGUUGAAAGAAGAGAAGGGAAACCUGGAUCAGACAGCUGAACACAUUAAGCUCCAGGCCCAACACACCGAGGGCCGGGUCAAGGAGCAGUUCAGGAAGCUUCAUCUGUUCCUCCACAAGGAGGAAGAUGCCAGGGUUGCUGCUCUGAGGACAGAAGAAAGCAAGAAGACUCAGAAGUUAAGCCUAAAGAUCGAUGCCCUGAGUAGAGAGAUUGCUGCUCUUUCACAGACAAUAAAAGACACAGAGGGACUGAUAAAGGCUGAGGACGCCGUGAUGCUGCAGAGCUUUAGGACUGCUGCAGAAACCAUCCAACAGCGCCUCCUGCUGGAGAAUCCUCAGCCUGUCUCUGGAGCCCUGAUAGAUGUGGCCAAACACCUGGGCAACCUGAGCUUCAACAUCUGGAACAAGAUGAAGCAUCUGGUGUCCUACAGUCCUGUGGUUCUGGAUCCGAACAGCGCGAACUUUGAGCUCAUCCUGUCUGAAGACCUGACCAGCGUGAGAUGCGGCCAGAAGCAGAACAUUCCUGACAACCCGGAGAGGUUUGACUUCUUCCGCAUCGUGUUGGGCUCGGAGGGCUUCAUGACGGGAACCUACAGCUGGAACGUUGAGGUUGGAGACAACACGGACUGGUUUGUGGGAGUCGCCUCCCAAAGCGUCCAGAGGAAAGGAAACCAUCCGACUCGUCUGUGGAGAAUCGGCUGCAUUGGCGGUCAGUACGUGGCCCGGGCCCUGUCGGAACCGUCCACGGUUCUGCCGGUGAGCGGACGGCUCAGCAGGAUUAAAACCAUUCUGGACUGGAACCGGGGGAAGCUGGUGUUCCUCGACCUCAACACCAACACUGUCAUUCACACCUUCACUUAUUCCUUCACCGAGAAACUGUUUCCUUACUUUAACUCUGCACAUGCGUCCCCGUUGAAGCUCAUCCCUGAAAAUGUGUCUCUGAGGUUGAGUUGAAUCAGUGCAAUGAUACAAAACAGAGGAACAGAAAGGAUACAACUCUCUGACUUUAUUCUGAAGAAUUGCUUUUAUUUUCUCAUGACAUUAUUUUUACUGU